AUGGUCGGCAGCGGCAUGGCGGCGGGCGAAGACGGCGAGUUGGUGGACCACUACUCGGUGCUGGGCCUGCCGUCGGGCGAGGAGGGGGCGAAGCUAACCCUAGAAGAGAUCAGGAAGGCCUUCCGGACUCAGUCCCUCUCGAGCCACCCGGACAAGCGCCCCGGCGACCCCACCGCCACCGCCGAUUUCCAGCGCCUCCGCGCCUCCUACGACGCCAUCUGCGACCCCUCCGCUCGCCGCCUCCUCGACGCCCGCCUCCGCCUCCGCCUCAGCCUCCGCCGCAGCCGCAAGAAGAAUCCCACGAGCACGAGCACGAGCACGAGCACAUCAUCCAUCCUCGAGGAUAUGUUCCCGGAGGUUUUCGAGUGGUGGCGCGCCGAGUCAGCAAAGAGCCGGGCCGAGUACAAAAAGUUCAGGGCUGAGAUCAGAAAAAGCUGGGCCGAGCGCGAGGCCUGGUAUACCGAGAAAGUCUUCCCCCUCGUAAGCGAGGAGACCAAAGCUUCUAUUCUGAAACAUGUUUUUCGCCGUCGCCGACCAAAGAAGAAGGGAACGCGCUGA